AUGUUCCAGUUCGUCAACUCCUACGCGUCCCUGGUGUACAUCGCCUUCAUCAAGGAGUUCAUUGGUAGUCCGUGCCUGGUAUCUUGUAUGAACGAGCUGAGCACAAACCUGAGCACGGUGUUCCUGGCUAGGCUGGCCGUCGGGAACUUAUCCGAAGUAAUUCUUCCAAUUCUCAAGGCACGAAGAAGACAGAGGGAGGAAACGAUGGGGUCAGACCCAGAGAGGACAUUCAGCGGGCCGGAGCGGGAGUACAUCAAGGAGACCUACGACGUCAUGCUCGGUACCUUCAAGGACUACGCCGAGAUGAUCAUUCAGUUCGGCUACGCGACCCUUUUUGUUGCGGCGUACCCUCUGUCGUGCCUCAUGGCCUUGGUCAACAACUACAUCGAGAUUAGAAUCGACGCGUGGAAGCUCUGCCAGGUGUCUCGAAGGCCGGAGCCACGAGGGGCCGAGGACAUUGGCACGUGGUACACCAUCCUCACCAUCAUGUCCUCGAUGGCGGUCGUGAGCAAUAGCGCGAUAGUCGCCUUUACCAGCGAGAUCUUCCAAGACCAGACGUGGACGACGCGGGUAAGCACAAGACACGCAGCCAUCUAA